AUGUCUGGACGUGGCAAGGGUGGGAAAGUGAAGGGAAAAUCAAAGUCCCGCUCCAGUCGGGCUGGACUUCAGUUCCCAGUCGGCAGGAUUCAUCGUCUUCUGAGGAAGGGUAACUACGCUGAGCGCGUAGGUGCUGGAGCUCCAGUUUAUCUUGCAGCAGUUAUGGAAUACCUAGCUGCUGAGGUCCUUGAGCUUGCCGGUAACGCUGCCCGCGACAACAAGAAAACUCGCAUUAUCCCGCGUCACCUUCAGCUGGCUAUCCGCAACGAUGAGGAACUUAACAAGCUCCUCUCGGGCGUGACCAUUGCACAGGGCGGUGUGCUGCCCAACAUCCAAGCAGUGCUCCUUCCCAAGAAGACUGAGAAGAAAUAA